AGGUAAAGCAGCAGAAAUUCAAUAAAAUAGAUUCUGCUUGUAGGCUGACUCUUUUUGUCACUGUUUUACAAAGGCACUAUUGUGUAAAUACGUGUUAUUAACUACUGCAUGAAUUAUUUUCACAGUAUAUGUAAUUUUGCAAGCCUAAUGAUAAGUACUGUGAGACCAGGGUAGAAAGGAGGGUGUGUUCACAGUAUGUUAAAAUAAGGCAAAGAGGUGGGAAAGAACCAAGUUCUAUUUUCUCCAGUGAAUGCAUAUAGAGAAUUCCUUCAUUCUCCUCCUACUAGGAGCAACACUCCCUGCUACAGUUAGGGAAAAAAUUGGGUAUUUGUGAGUACGUAUUUACUAUUUGACAGGUAGUGAUAAAACAUAUGUUUUGCUAUAUUGAAGGACAGAUGUUUAAAGCAAAUAAAAUAAGUUGGUUUUCCCAUGGGUUUUGGACCCAUGCAGCAGGAAGCUUUCUACCUGAUUACCUACUGGGUGCAAUUUUGUCCUGUUUUCAACUAGAGUGGAAUUCAGUGCCUUCUGCCCAGUUCUUUGUGUGGACUGACUAUCAAAGGUAUUUUACAGCGCAAGUUAGAAAAUGAGUAGGUAUUUAUAUUUGUCUGUGCCUAUUAUUUUCUGAUUUUAGGUUCCAUCUACAUCAUGGAACGGCCUUUACUUUUGUAUAUAUUUUUAUUCUACUGGAAUUUCCUCAAUGCUUUAUUCACUGUUGAAGCUCCUCAGUCACUCUACAUUGUGGAACAUGGGAACAAUGUGACCAUGGAAUGCACAUUUCCAGUGAAUGGGAAAUUAAAGUUUGGAGAUUUAAAUAUCAGCUGGGAAAAAAAAGAUGAGUUAAAGAAGCUGGUUUAUAUACUUGUCAGAGGAAAGGAAGACUUGAAGGGUCAGCACAGUGACUUUAAGGGAAGAAUAAAAUUGCUGAAAGAGAAUCUGAACUUGGGACAGUCUCUCCUUCAGAUCACUGAUGUGAAGCUCAGAGAUGCAGGGACCUACCACUGUAUUAUUGGCUAUAGGGGAGCUGAUUACAAGACAAUCCACCUGAAAGUUAAGGCUCCUUACAGAACUAUAACCCAAAGAGUGGUGAGCACAGGACACAAUGAAUGGAAGUUGACAUGCCAGUCUGAAGGAUACCCAGAAGCUGAAGUGAUAUGGCAAAAUGGAGACUAUGAAGAUUUGACUGAUAAGGCAAACACAAGUUAUCAAACUGGAAGGGACCAGUUGUAUCGUGUGACAAGUACCCUUACAAUCAAAAGCAGAAUUGAUGAGAUAUUUUACUGUAUAUUCUGGAAUAAAGAGCUGCAAGAAAAUACAUCUGCCAUUUUACACAUAGCAGAUGCACCUGAUGGCAUUCUGUGGACCGAGAGCAGACGCUUUGUUGGAGCAACUCUCAUUACUACCGCUUUUGUUGGAUCAGGGCUUCUAUUUAUGUUCUGCAUAAGAAAAGCUAGAGCAAAUAAGGACAACAGAACACCUGUGUUGAGUUCAUCAAUAACAAAUCUAUCAAAAGAUAAGGAUACACAUGACUCCAGAGAUGCUUCUUUUGAAGACAGAGAGCUGAAAUAUAUGCAAAUUGAGAAGACCUAGACAGAGAAAGCAGGGAAAGAAUUUUUUCCUCUGUGGUGAAGACUUGACAGCUUGGAUAUUCUAUGUUCUAUCUAUUGAAGGGGAUAUUAAUUUUUUGUUUUUAUUGUGUGAUGGCGAUCUUCUAAUUGUUGUAACUUGGGAAAAAUGCAAUGAAGUUAAAAUAAUUAUAACAUAAAAAGUCCUUGCAUUCAGGUGUCUGUAUAUGGAACUAGAUAUUGAGGUAUUUAUUUAAAUAUCCAAGUUUCUACCUUACGAGUUUCGUUGAAAAUGUCUUUAAGGUAAAGCAACUUAGGUCUAGCUAUGAACUUCAUAGCUAGUUCUUGAUAGGUCAUCUUCUGGAUAUUUUUUUUCCUUCCUCACCUGAGCUCUCAAUUUCCUGCAGAGAUUUUGUUUUCUAGCUUUUAAAGAAUUUUUUCAUUACUGUGAUCCUCAUAAAAGAUAACGGUACAACAAGACAAGAUGCCAUACAUACAGGGCAUUUUCUGUCCUUAAAAUACAGAUUACUCACAGCUAAGCCUAAAAAAGUGCUGUAACCCUCUUGGCAACUAUGGUUUAGAAAUUAAAUAAUACUGAGCUUUUUGAUCUCUUCCUCUUAAAAGUGUUUUGGUAAUUAAAUUUCCUUGUAAUAUAUCUGGCACUACUUGAUUACUGCUCAUUACUUUCCUGAUUUACAAUUUGGGGAUAAUGCAACUGUUUAGACCUUCAGAAAGAAGAGCUCUUGUUUUGGAGGCUUUUUUCUUCAUCUUGGGAAUAGAAGAAAGAAAACCUUCUUACUUCUAGGACAUGAAAUACAUGUGAUAUAUGUGAUUACUUCAGAAAUGCAUAGGAAACAUGCUCCUGGAUCCCAUUUCUUAAGUUAUUGUUAUGUUACAUUUUGCUAGAUACGUAACUUUUUUGGGGCGGUCAUACAGAGGUGAAAAUUAUUUAUUACAAUGAUAUUCAGAAUUAUAUUUUUUUUAAUAAAACAAGUUUUGUUUUUAUUCUGUUUUUCCCUGCUCUCCUUGACUUGUAAGUACGUAGAGUAAGCACUCCUG